AUGGGAAUGUUGUAUUACAGCAUGGCUGCCUUAAAUGGCAACCUUGCCGAGCAACUGCAGAAUCAACUAUCCUACACAAGUCUGCAAAAUGGCGUCGAUUUGAAGCCAUUCGCACCAUCACCAUCAUAUAAACGUAUGGCACAACGACGGAAAGUUCCUGAAGGUGAACUGUGCGCCGUGUGUUCCGAUCUCGCAACUGGUUAUCAUUAUGGGGUUGCGAGUUGUAAUGGAUGCAAAACGUUCUUCCGAAGGACGAUAGUAAGCGAACAAACGUUUAUCUGCCAAUACAAUGGAAAUUGCGACGUCAAUAAAAGUGGGCACUGUUUUUCUGUUUGCACUCUGCAUAAUUAUCUAUAA